CAUUAUCGAAUUUGCCUUCGAGAUGGCGUACCAACCAAGAUCGAGCACAAGUCGCUCUCGAGCUUCGCAGCGGUCCAUGCGUCGUCUCCCAGUGCCCGCGCUCUCCAUGUCGCUCCGCAGUCGUCGGGCGGAACACCCGACAAUCACUCUUGGGCUUGCCCAACUCGAUCGGUACCACGACCGAGCCGAGAAGGCCUUGAGUGAAACCAUCGCCGCGAACGGCACGGUGGAGCAUAACCUCGACCCGACACAAUGGAAAUGUCUUCGGUCACGGCACGGGGUCCGCCUUUUCCGUGGCCGCCACCCUACUACGUCAGACCAAAUACCUCUGCGCUGCGUUGGAGCUCUGCGCGGCAGCUUCGACGACAUCAUGGAGGGGAUCUACUGCCAGAACACAGAGGAAAUGCUGCUGAUGAACGCCAUCAAAUGCCCGAGAUUAUCAGAGAGCGCAGUGCUCUACGCUGUCCAGCGACAAACAGUGUGUGAGCCAUACGCCUUCACGGGCAUCAAAUGCACGACGAUCAAACUAUCGGUGGCAAGCAACCGAGACUUGUGCUACUUUGACAAGAUGGGGCUGGUGCGCCAGACUUCAGGGAAGCGGAUGGCCUACCACGUCAUGCAGUCGGUGGAUCUGCCCGAAUACCCGCACAAGUCGACGCAUAAGCGAGUGCAGACGUCGCUCUGCUACGUGUUUGAGGAGCUGGAGGACGAUCUGGUGGGCGUCUACAUGCAAGGUGAGAUGGACCACGCGGCGUUGUCGUAUUUCUCCACGCCAGCAGUAUCGGAUCUGUUGCUGGCAGUCACGAACGCAAUGGAAUGCACUCGAGCCAAGAAACUCGCAGAGAUGAUGGCUAUUGCACCUCCUGGACGCUGGGGACGACGACUGUCUCGCCGAUGCUGCGACGUGUGUCGAGGCAGCACAUCGAUCUUUGAGAGUCUGCAGGAAUGUGCAGGUUGCAACUUCAAAUACGUCUGCAGAAAGUGUCGACUGAAGGAGAAUGUCCUUGCACGUGACACGGCGUCGACCUCGCAUCUAAUGCGAGCGGAAUUCUGUCGUGUUUGUAUCUCCAAGAUGGACUCGACUUCCAUCGACGAAUUGCGCGCGGAAGCUAGUGGCUUCAGCAUGACUGGACAACGUACAGCAGCCAUGAACGCCGCGUUCUGCCAAGUCGAGGAGGAGCCUGAAGACGUGGAUAUCCCAGGCAGCGAUCGAUCCUUGACCGCCUUCACACUCAAGAUCACUGCGCAGUUGCAGGACCUCAGCAGUCGCAGCGACAUCCGCGUCUCGUCCAACCUGUCGUCUAUGGAGAAGGUGUCGCUUUCCGAGGACGAAGACGAUGACGCGCUGCUGGGCGAAGGUCGAGACGUGCUCAACUCGAUUGGAAAGAAGAGCAAGCAGCUUGUGCCGCUCGAGAAGGACUUGAUGGACACGUCGCGUCGCAGCUCCCGAUCAACGACGUCGACCGUGUCAUCCUCGCUCUACCAAGACGACAGCGACGCGGAGCAGUACCGGACGUCGCUUUUCGCGCGGUUGGUGCAGGUGUCGAACCAGGCAGAGGCAACAUACCACCUCACACAAGAGCAAUCGCUCAUUGCGCACUCAGUCUUGCAGCGCAACCGCCGAUGCAUGCAGUCGUCGGACAGAUCCGUCUACAGUCAGUAGUGCAGCCAUUUUGACAUCUUGGUUUUUUCGUAAAGUCGUUUUAACGUCAAUCGCCUGAUAAUAAAUUGACCAAUCUUUUUCACCAA